AUGAGCCAGGACGAGGAGUGGGGCCAUGAGUUGCUGGUGGAAGAGGCAGACCCUCAGGUGGCAGAGUCUGUCACUUAUCCUGUUCUUCCCACGGCCUGUGACAGCCCUAGUGCCCUGGCCACAUUCUUGGCCCACAAGUACACUGUGGCUGCCUUCGUGGGCCCUGUCAAUCCUGGUUACUGCCCAGCUGCAGCUGUGCUGGCCAAAGGCUGGGGCAAGACCCUCUUUUCCUGGGCAUGUGGGGAUGCAGGGGGAGGAGGUGAGCUGGUGCCCACCUUGCCUUCGGCUGUCUGCGUGCUGCUCUCUGUCAUGAGACACUUUGGCUGGGCUCACGUGGCCCUCGUGUCCUCCCACCAGGACAUCUGGCUGGCUACUGCGGCCAUGACUCUCAGGACACACGGGCUGCCUGUGGGGCUGGUGACCUCUCUGGGACCUGGGGAGCAGGAGGCCACGGAGGUCCUGAAGCCGCUUUGCAGUGUGGAUGGCCUGAAAAUUGUGGUGCUGUGCAUGCCCUCAGCACUCCUGGGCGGCUCCGAGCAGACCGCCCUGCAGAGCAGGGCAUGGGCCCAGGGCCUGACAGAUGGGAGGCUGGUCUUCCUGCCCUAUGACACGCUGCUCUUCGCCUUGCCCUACCGUAACUGCUCCUAUCGCCUGGGCGCCAGCGGGCCCCUGUGGGAGGCAUACGAUGCAGUGCUGACCAUCAGCUUGGAGUUCAGCCUCAGAGACAUGGCCUUUGAAGCUGCCAGGGCUGAUGGAGAGGUGACUGCCCUGGAGCCAGAGCAGGUGUCCCCGCUCUUUGGAACCAUCUAUGAUGCUGUUGUCCUGCUGGCCCACGCCCUGAACCACUCUGAGAGCCAUGGGGCAGGACUCUCAGGGCCCCACUUGGGGGACCACACAGGGUCUCUGGAUGUGGCUGGCUUUAACCAGAGGAUCCGGACAGAUAAGAAGGGGAGGAGGCUGGCUCAGUAGGUCAUUUUGGACACAGAUGGUCGGCGAAGCCAGCUGGUUCCCACCCACACCCUGGACGCAGAAACAUGGCAAGUACAGCCCCUGAAUAGGGCUAUCCACUUUCCAGGAGGAGUCCCUCCAGCUCGUGACUCCAACUGCUAGUUUGACCCUAAUACACUAUGCAUAAGAGGUGAGCAGCCCCCCGAGGCCUCCUCGCUCUGGCCCUGUCCUGUGUCCUGCAUCUGGCAGCUGCAGCUGGUGCGGGGCCCCCACCAGAUCCUGCUGAUGGCCUAGGAGCUCACCUUCAUCCAGCGGCCCCUGAGCAGACAGAAGCUGCACGUGGACAGUGUGAGUGAAUCAAGAAGUGUGGCAGACAAUGGGAGCUUGAGGUCUGUGGCCCAGGGGUCAGCAAGGAGCCUACCGGCCCCCCAGGAGCCCACCAACAUGGCUCUGUACCAGGGAGAGUGGGUGUGGCUGAAGAGAUUUGAAGGUGAAACAGCCCCUGAGCUGUGGCCAAGCUGCCUUAGUGUCCUGAGAAAGGCUCUGCGGCUAGACUGGACCUUCAAGGCCUCCCUGCUGCUGGAUUUGAUCCAUGAGUCCUUCUCACUCACCACAGGCCUAAGGGAUUCCACUCUGAUGGGGGUGUGGUAUCUACACCAUCGGCAUUUCCCUCAUGGCCGCCUCAAGUCCCGAAACUGCGUGGUGGGGGAGUUUGUGCUGAAGGUCACUGACCAUGGUUAUGCGGAGCUCCUGGAUGCUCAGAGCCAGCCCCAGAAGGUCAGCUCAGGGGUGGGCAGGGGGCUGCCAGAAGAGCUGCUGCGGACGGCUCCGGAGCUGCUGUGGGGGCCUGGAGCACCCGGGCGGGGCACCCUCAGAGGAGACACCUUCAGCAUCGGCAUUAUCCUGCAGGAGGUGCUGACUGGAGGCCCGCCCUAUGGUUCCCCGGGGCUCCCAGCAGAAGAAAUCAUCAGGAAGGUGGUAUCUCCCCCUCCCCGGUGCCAGCCCCUGGUGUCCCCUGACCAUGGGCCACCCGAGUGCAUCCAGCUGAUGAAGCAGUGCUGGGAGGAGGCUCCAGAGGACAGACCCAAUCUGGACCAGAUCUACAGCCAGUUCAAAAGCAUCAACCAAGGCAAGAAGACCAGUGUUGCUGACUCUAUGCUAUGGAUGCUGGAGAGGUAUUCCCAAAACCUGGAGGACCUGAUCCAGGAGCGGACUGAGGAGCUAGAGCUGGAGAGACAGAGGACAGAAAGGUUGCUCUCUCAGAUGCUCCCCCUGUCUGUGACUGAAGCUCUGAAAGUGGGGGCAGCCGUGGAGCCAGAGUACUUUGAUCAGGUUACCAUAUACUUCAGUGACAUUUUGGGCUUUACCACUGUUGCAGCCCUGAGUGAGCCCAUUGAGAUGGUGGGCUUGCUCAAUGACCUCUACACACUGUCUGAUGAGGUUCUGGGCAACCAUGACGUGUAUAAGGUGGAGACCACUGGGGAUGCCUACAUGGUGGCCUCGGGACUGCCCAGGCGCAACGGGAGCUGGCACGUGGCCGAGAUUACCAACAUGGCCCUAGACAUCCUCAGCUCUGUGGGUGGCUUCCGAAUGAGGCAUGCGCCCACUGUGCCCAUUCAUAUCAGGGCUGGCCUGCACUCAGCUAUGGCCCUGCGUGCGGCGGUCGUGGGUUUCACAAUGCCUUGGUAUUGCCUCUUUGGGGACACUGUUAACACCGCAUCCCAGAUGGAGUCUACAGGACCGCCAUACAGAAUUCGUGUCAGCAGAAGCACAGUCCACACACUGCUCAGCCUGGACGAAGGCUACAAAAUUGACAUCAGAGGCCAGACUGAGAUAAAGGGGAAGGGCUUCAAGGAGACCUACUGGCUGCUGGGGAAGGCGGGCUUCCCCAGACCCCCCCCCCCACCCCCGACACCUCUGGACAUCAAACCAGGGGAUGCCUGGCAGGAGCUCAUAAACCAAGAGAUCAAGGUGGCCUUUGCCAAAGCCCGCCAGAGCACAGCGGGACCCUGGGCUGGCCUAACCUCUGUGAGCACUGUGUUGGGAGUCCAGGUCUUGGGCUCCCAAGAUCUCAGGGAAGGACCUGGUGGCUUCAUGUACGAUGUGCGGAUGUCAGCACUCGGGGGCCCCGAGCAGGCAGUGCGGCGGCGCCAACAGCGGGGGAAAUCGGGGCCAGGCCGGAUUUCCUCUGCGGACCUGCGGCUGCUAGAGCCACCCGCCCCUCCGGACCCCGCGGGGCCACGAACUGCACGUGCGGCGGCCCGGCACGGCCUCGGUGGCACAGCGCUUCCUUAUGGACCCCUCUCCCUCCCCGUCCUUUCAUCCUGCCCUCUUCGACCCGCCCCUCCCCAGCCUCGCGGUUUUGGCCGCGAGAAAAUGCUUCCUCCCCUCGCGGGUUCCGGAUAA